AUGGAAAAUUUUUUGGAGAAUAUUGUGCAUCGUGUGUAUAAUUGGGAUGUCACUCGAUUCUAUCAAAUCGUGGAACCGAAUGGCGAGGAGCUUGCUUUGAGUGAUUCGGAUUCGGAGCCGGAAGAAGGCGAUUCUCCAAUAGAAGGACUUGUUCGAAGGGAACACAAAUGCAAUGUGUGCCAGGCGUCGUUCGGCAGGAUGAAGAUGAUAAUGGAGCACGUUGUUAAUCAGCACCGACCGGAGGAGUUGAUGUCCUGCUCGCAUUGUCAGCGCGGUUUCCCGAAUAAUGAUCUUCUGGUGCGCCACCUCAAGUAUCAGUGCGAGAAUCAGAACAAGAAAAUCUUCUGUCCAUUGUGCAACGAACGGUUCAUGUGGCAAACCAGCAUGAACAAGCAUGCCCAGCAGCGGCACAAACCGACGAAGCCUUUGCUGCAACGGCUCGAAGAGGAGGGCAAGGAAAAAACGCACGUUUGUCAGAUUUGCAACAAAAGCUUCCUGCGCCGUCAACAUUUGGAUCGCCACAUGGGCAUUCACAUUCCGGAGGAAAAGAAAUUCGAAUGCGCCGAAUGUCACAAGGCGUUCAAUCGGAAAGAUAACCUCCGCACGCAUAUGAAAAUACAUUUCCGCGAUCCGGCGGAUACCGCUCCGAAGUUGGACUUUCUGUGCACCUCGUGCGGACGAGCGUUCGCCAAAUCGUCGAGUCUGACGGUGCACAUGAGACGCCAUACCGGCGAACGACCGUACAAGUGCGAUUUUUGCGAUAAGGGUUUCCCUCGGUCAUCGGAAUUACAGUAUCACCGCAGAACCCACACCGGUGAGAAACCUUGUAUUUGUAAGAUUUGUGGAGUGGGAUUUACAAGCUCUCACAAGCUUAUUGUGCAUCUGCGAACGCAUACUGGAGACAGCGGCCAGCAGCAGCAGUUUACGCAGGGGACGCCGCGCCGAACAACGAAAGCGGCAAAAAGCUCGUCCACCCAGUAA